AUGGCUGAUACGCGUCAAGUAGGAUCGCUCUGGACUCCGGAGGAAGAUGUAAUUCUUCUGCAGCACGUGGCUCGCUAUGGCACAAAGCGUUGGGGCUCUCUUCAAUCCAGCGCAACUUUACCUCACCGCGAUCAGAAAGCGUGUUGUAACCGAUUUAUUCUUCUGAAGAGGAAAUUCUUCCAGGCUCGAGCUAAGGGUCAGAAUCUGCAGACCAUCUUUCCCUACAUCAAUGUCAACACUCAGCCUCAAAGCCCCUCGGCGGCGAUGGCCUCUUCGAUGCUUCACGCUCCCGCAUCCCCCUCCUCCGCGGAAGUCGCUCUCCGCGUGAACUUUUCGUCUCGCGUCAUCUCCAAGCGCGCCGCAUCGCCUUCGAUUUCAAAGCCUGCUAUCCUUCAGUCCGCGCUCACCACUGUUCAAGACCAAAUCGCAAAUGGCGGCGGUUCCGUGUGGAUGCCGAAUCUCAUCGAGGCGCAGCGCUCUCCCGCUACUUCAGAUCCCUCGUCUCCCCUCAGCGCCGCUCACGGCGUGCUGUCCUUGCAGCAGCAGCACCAGCAGAAGCAUCAGCAGCAGCAGCAACUGCAGCAGCUGCUCGUCACGAUCGGCCAAUCAGCGAACGCCGUGAGCCAAGCCGCGAUGCAGUUCGUCAACGCCACGUCGUCCGCCAACCCUACUUCAUUUCCCGCCAACCACGUGAGCCAGCAGCAGCCUUCCGCCGCGGGCCAGCAGAGCGCAGCGGACGCGGUCGUGAAUAUGAUUCUGUGCAAACUCGCCGGCGACGCGUCUUGCUUCACGAAGCAUCCAGUCGCGAGCCCCGCCUCGUCCAAAUCGGACGUCUCCGUCGAGCCCGCCUCUGCGCCUGCUCCCUCCGCUCCCCUUCUCGACGCCUCGUCCCGCCCCUCGUCCGCCGCCCCUCGCCGUCCGUCUCUCAUCUCCGCGCCGCAGCGCGGGCCGUCCGCCGUCGUGCCGUCCUCCGCGGCGUCCGCGGAUUCAGGCGCGAGUCUGCAGCAGGUGGUGCCGGGAUGGGAGGGCGAGACGGAGAGCGACGACGACAUGCUGCUGGCUUACCUGUACGCGCAGGGCCACGCGCCAGCAACGGCGCUGGAGGCGCUUGGAAACGAGAGGAACCCGGUCGGCGCAGUGGUGGAGGUCGAGGAGCAACAGGAGCAGCACGUGAAGCAGGUGCAGCAGGCGGGAAGGCAGGAGGAGGCGAUGGCAUCGGAUGGAGCAGCGGACAUGUCGCUGCUGCUGCAGCUGCACGAGGAGGUGAUGGCUCUCGAGAAGCUCGUCGCUGCUGGCGCGUCCUCCGCGCCCGAUGCUGCCGCUGCUUCUCCUCGCGCCACCCCCACUGCAGCCCUCGCGUCAGCCCUGGCGCCUCUCCCGCCCCGCGCCACGAACGCCUCGUUUUCCCGUGUGGCUGCAUCGGGCGCAGCUGUUCCCGUCGCCAGGAGCGCCUCCCUUGGCCCUGACUCCCUGCUGGAGCAGGUGUCGAGUGCACCAGGGCGCAUGCUCUUUGGGUUCAGCCCUGUUUACGACCUCAUGGCGCCUGGCGCUUCCUGGUACGCUCAUGCUGCUGCUGCUGGUGAUGUGACUGGAUGGGAUUUGAAGGAGAUGGUUGAUGCGUCGGCGUUCAACCUGGGUGCUUCUGCUUCCUUCCUGGCGUGA